AUGGAUGCUGCGUCGGACUCGGUCUCCGACUGCCGGUAUAUAUGGUACCACCUUACCCUAAAAUCACCAGUCAUCCAACGGUUGUUGUCGUACCGUCGUUUACAACAGCAUCAGACUGCGUGAAUGCUGAGCACGGAGUCGUGUUUGGCGCUCGUCUGCUGUUCCUCGCUGGCGCCAUUCGGCCACUCCCAGCUGGCUAUGUUCAUCCUGUUGUGAACGAAGCAGGCCAGAAGCUGCAGAACGCGGUCGCCGCGACCGCAACCGGGCUUCCGAUAGCCGAGCUGCACAAUACUGAGCUGACAUUGGGCGACAGCCCCAUUAUGUGGGUUGUGCGGGGGGUGGUGUCUGGUGUUAAUUGCAUCCGGUCCUCACCCCCGAGAAUCCCCGAGGCAGCGGUGACGGCCCUAUUAUGUGGGCUGUGGGACGAUUUUAAGUGGCGUCCAAGUGUUGCGUGCUUUUUUUGCCCCAGGAGUGGUUUGCUCUGGAGGCCCAGAGAGGGUGGAGGUCCUACUCAAGUGCCUGCAGGGUGGGUGGUGGGGUGAGCGCGGCUGUCGGGCUGAGCACGUGUGGUUGAGCGAAUGUCGGUCAAGUGGCCACAGUCUGGGCGCACAUGUGUCCGCGCGCGAUGUAGGUCAAGUGGCCGCAGCAGGUGGCGUUGUUAUGCCGGAAAAAAUCCGGUUUUUGACCCAUCAGAGGCAUACCAUCGGCAUAAUUGCACAACUGAACAGCCAAAAACCCGGCCCUAGGCGCGGGGCGGGUUGUGUCCAAAUUUCAGCGCAAUCGGUGCAGUACUUUCGGAGAUUAGAUAUAACACAGAAAAAAAAACCUUCCAUUUUUAUAUAUAUAGAUUGUAUCGUUCCCGAAAACACACUCUCUGCAUUCUUGCAACAAAGAUGUGAUUGUAAAACAAUGGUAGUAAUUCAUUGAACCAUUGCCAAAUACGCUGCUAUAAGAUAACAGAAUGGAAGUACGUGCCCAAAUGUAUAAGGCCUUUAUUAAAUCUACAAAUAUUCUCGAUAAACACGAGGGCCAAAUUGGGUUUACAGCAUUCCCAAGCUUCGAUUAUAAUCAAAACUUAACGCUUAGACCACGACGUGAUCAUUUUCAUUUGAAAAGUCUCGUCGGCACUGGACUCGAUUAGUGUUCAAUGUUUCUUGAAAAUGUUUCUUGAAAAUAAUUAACAUAUACUUCCCUUCUGGGGAGGCCUCCGUGGGAAAAUACACCUUAUUGAGGCGUUAUAGCUGAAAAAGACCAGGCUUUAGCACUUUCAGGGCGUUGCAAGUUCUUAAAGUCCCAAAUCAUUUCGUAUUCAGAUUUUCUGAAAAUAGUUCCAUGUUUUGCUUCCUAACGCCAUGAAAAGACGAUAACUGGAUCAACACAAGCCACGGUAUCAACCACUGUCCCACGAGGCUGACACACUCGUGAUUGGCGCGUGGAUUCGUUUAUACUGGGACAGACUUUCGAAGCAUCUCCUUCACUCCCUCCACCCUGCUCCCCCGCCUAUAAUUCCAACUCAAAGUUAACGCUAUCGGAAGUUGAUGCGGACUCAGUGGCUGAUAAAAGCAACCGUCUAAGCAGGCCUCAUACAAAGUUGACCCUGACUCCACAUACGCUGGACUGCGUUGAGGGGGUAACUCGGACUCCAAGGAAGCGGAAGUGCCAUACAGUCUGUACCGAGGAACCAUUGAGACCUGACCCUCAGUCCUCGAUGGGGUCGAGUUCGUCCGUAAAUAGGUGGUCCUCGAAGGCAUGAUUCGUAGCGCGCCGUUGUAAUUUCAAAGCGCUUUCAUUUGUUUAUGAAUGGGGCAGAAUCAGUACUGGGCUGACCAAACUUUCUCAUCCAAUCAUGAGUGUUCCAUCAUAGAAUGAAUUAAAAUAACCCAAAAGACUUCCUGGAAUAGGGUUCCUCUUUUGGCCAUAUGCCCCUUACCUCAAAAGGAAGAUAGAUCUCUAUGACUGACUAAAUAAACGUACCGACCGUCUACACUUGCUGGUUUGCAUCUGCAAUUUCAUUGUGAGAGAGGACGUCAAGAUGGUACAUUCACCUGCGCUAUCUAAGUAUAUGUUCUACUGGAGUAAAGUCGAAGUGACUCUAGGCGACCCGGUCUGAUUGUAGGCCAGGCGCCCCUUUUUGCCGUGGGAGCAAAGGAUUUAAGGCUCACAGGUCGUCGCGUGGCGACAAACAACCGGUAUUCAAUAGGUUCGAGGCAAUAACAGGGGAUGGGAUAACCUCUAUGGCACCGUCGCUCACUUGUUAUCCGAAGCGUCCCUUUGUUGGUUUUGUGAAAGCCUGGUCCAUCGUGCGCAGACUAGGUGGGUGUAUAUGUGCCUCGUGUAGACUGGCCGUUUAAUUGUGUUAGCCGCUGUGUCCAAACUCGCCCCAGGUUUUCUUGACUCUGUCUUAACACCGGGCUCAGGUGCGUGAGGGGGAGCAGAACAGCCAACGCUCUAACCGCUUGAGCUACGUGUCCCAGCCGGACGACGCGAGUUUAAUCACAUUUGUGUCCAGUAACCCGCCCAACCUACUGUAACGUCUGGAAUCCACCAAAUAUGACACAGUAAGGUGACUGCUCAAGCGGGUUCAUAGAGUUUUAUAGAAGACUCUAAGCACUGGAGAGCAUUAGAAACAUCUGUGUUGCUUACGAGGAAGUUUCUAUCGCUGAAAGAACAGCUCAGAGAUGGUUCGUAGUUUCAAAGAAGGCGAUUUCGGUAUGACGGCGCUCCGCAUUUUCGGUGCAGGUCAGUCUUCGAUGAGGAUAGCAUUAAUGCUCUAAUCCACACAGAUCCCCUCUAAAUAAUUCAGGAUUUUGCUGGACAGAUGAAAUGCGGAAAAUCAGCAAUAGCUCGACAUCUGCAAUCGAUCCAAAAGCUUGGUUUUAGUGUGGACAACAAGAUUUAGCGUGCAAAUGUUUUGCGCUUCAUUAUUGACCAACAAUGACUCGUCAGUCAGCAACGGGCACUAUUUUUGAAGCUUAUCCUUACUGACGAUGAAAAGUAAUGCUUAUGUGAGAAUAUAAAAGAAAGAAAAGAAUGGCUCAGCCCAAAAGCAAGCAACACCUCAAACCAACUCUUAUCUUAAUCCUCGUAAGAUGUGAUUGGUGGGAUAUGGAUUUGAAAGGAACCAAAUCAUUAAUGCAGAGUUUUACUUUUAACAGCAUUGCCGUUUAGAUUAAACAAUUCAACAAAAAAGCCCAAAUGGUCGAAAUGGUGUCAUUGUGUAGGAUGAUCACGCCAAGCCUCACGUCAUAAAAAUUGCCAAAAUUUCAUUGACGAGCUUGGUUGGGAGAUGCUUUUACAUCCGUCAUAUAUUCGGGCCCUUACUCCACCAGAUUACCAUCAUUGGUUACUCGAAGACAAUGUAAUCGGAGUUUCCUUCAAUAACUACGGUGAACUUUACAAUUGGACCGACUAUUUUUGCGUCAAAACCCGCGGAUUCACUCAAGCCCAGUACUGAAAAAACUGCCUGAACUUUGGAAGCAGAUUGUGAACGACGAAAGGAAAUAAAUAAUUGAAUAAUUCCGUGAAGGGUCUCUAAGAAUAGGAUAAUAUUUUGUAUAAUUGAAAAGCGCCUGAGCUCCUGGGCCAACCCAAUAGUAGGCUUACGAUAUGCUAGAUAAUGAAUGCUCGCCUAGUUUUCAUAUGCAGAACGCGAGUGAAGCGGUGUGGAUAGGUAAUUAUACAUGUAGUGGCAUGGUACGCCGCGCUGUUGAAGGGAGCAAAGCGAUUGGGAGCACUUGGUGUAAAGGUCCAAGUCAAAGAAACGUUAAUUAAUAGAAUAAGAGUUUGUAUAGCAUGGAGGAUGUGACUAAAUCGGGUACUGAGCUUAUAAGACACGUCAGACAAGCGAGACCUAUAUGAAUAGGUGAGAGACAGGAAUUGACUGUCACUGAGUGAUAUUAUGGUGAAAUGGAUGGAUAGGGAUAAUGUUAUCGUAACCGACCAGUGGAAAGCAUAGACCUGCCUGCCUGCCAUCAAAGGGCGAUAAUCACCACACUGUAAACCAUUCGGGGCAUUUUGUUAACUCCACGACUGGAAGAUACACGAACGCGUUCUUGCGUUGAUAGAAGCUCAAACUACGUGAGAGUGGGUCAGUAUCCGGCAGAGCAGUUUGGGAACACGUGGACGAAGUGUAGUAUCGGUUGUGGUUCUGCGUGAAAACACAUAACUUGGCGGUGGCCCAGGAAGCUGUCCCCGCGCACAUAGCUGUGCUUCGUCCAGUUGAAACGACUUCAUCUUCGGAAGUCUACCGAUUGAGGCCACGGCAAGUAAUGCAACUUGAGUAGGCCAACAAAUGUUAGAAGGAACCUCGAGGAAAAUCACCCGUACUGAACCCUGUAAUGUUCUAUAUCUAUGCGUAUAUCGAUAAACGUUUCGUAUUUAUUUGGUUACGUAAGUAGUGAGCUGUCAUUAAAAUACUGAGUAAUUUCUCCAUAACUUCAAUAAGGACGUCAAGUGCGAUACCUAGUCAGAUUUCUCCAAAGCAGAACCACUAUACGCGUGUUGGAGACAAAGCCGACGUACAGGAGCAGCGGGUAGGAACUCUGCCGUGGCUGACUUUUCAUAAUAAGAGGUCUGCAUUGGUUUAUAGGUUAACAAACUACCUAUUGCAGAAUGGCAGGAAACCGCCGUUAAGUGUAGAAAAAUGAAUGUAAUGAAUUAUCAGUAAGUAAGUGUACAAUAGGCAAUGAUGUUUGCGCCUAAGUAUGGCGGUUAUAAAUCAUGACGUCGAUACGUCAUGCAAUUGAGCAGGUAUUAGAACUUGCUGAAAGCCCGUAGGCAUAAGCGAGUACGCACGGUGGUUCCCUGUGCCCGCAAAUUGGCAAACGCAGGCGGCCACCGGUUUGAAAUGGUAGAAAGGGAUGUCGUCAGUGUUGGUCUACUGAACGGGUCCCACUGUUCCGCUUAAUGACUGCUAGAUGUAAAAUGCGAAUGCAUUUGUGAAAGGCAGAAGAGCGGACUGUGGGACAUUACGCCAAAUCGGCAGUAGUUGGACAGACUGUCGUGUGUCACUGAUUGAUAGUAUGAAAAGGAGAAAACUCAGGAAGAUAUCAUCUUAAGCCCGGCCAACUUAAAGGCAGAACGGAUAACACUUGAGGCGUGGAACUCAGGUGCCAACUCCAUCAAUAGGGUACGCUUGGACCUCCCUGCAGCUUACAAAGUCCUGCGUCAUUAUGUCCACAAAGCUCAGAACUAGAUGAGCAUACAGAAAUUAAGGCCGCGAAGACACAGUCAGACGACGAGUUCACUCAAAGAGGCAGAAAAAGGGUCGUCAGACCGACCAACCCCAACCGAGUCUCAAUCACCCCCCACAAGGCUUACAGCUUAAAAAAAACCCUUCAAACAUCCCUCGAAGGGCGGGGGCAGCAAGAAAAGAGAAAUUGAUCAGCUUGGGGCCGACCAGCGCGGCAUGCCACUUCUUCUUCUUCUGUUGGAUUAAGGGCCUUUUACGCAAGGCUGUGCCGAUCAAGCUCUUCGAAGCAUCAGAGUCAUAAUAAACCUGGUCCUCUGAGCCCAUCUUAUUAGAUAACUCACCGUCGCCAAGUGGGGUUGGGCAAUUUUAGAUUUAAGUGAGCAAUUCGAAUAUACAAAGUCGAACAUAGUGCCCCCUACAUUCAGCACAGUGAAAAAUUACAUAACCACAUGGAAAUAGAGAUUGCGACGCUGUGGAAAACAGGUUGCCGAGGUUGACUGUGUGAACGGCUACCGGGUUUAAGACAGGCGGAAGACUAUAACGGAAGGUGACAAAACAAAGCAGAAAGCCUAGACAAAUAUGCGUUCGGCAACCGACCCUUGCGCUAAAAACGACACGAUUCAGUGUCGUCGACUCAACAUUAUUGAUCAGAGUAAGUCGUGUGAAAGUGGAGUGGCUUCAGGUAAACGGAAAGGGCAUGAAUGAUGAAACAAGGCCAUUUGAUGACUGACGAAAUCAGACAGCCAUCUCAUUGGCAUGAACCACACUGUUGUGAGCGUUUAUUCAGGGGACUUUCUGUGUGACACUCGAAACGAACACCCAUGGGGAUUUUCGUUCAUUUUAAAAUGCGUUGUUCAAUAAACCAAUUGUGACUGAAAAAAACAUAAUUUUAUGUGGCAAAUUGCGAUUAUUAUUCAUCAUCCAUUCUUAAAAAUAUCUGACAACAUUUUGGCACCAGGAUUGUACUUUAUUCUAUUGCUUGAAAACUACUGUAAUCUCGGGAAAAAAACCAUCCGAAUAAACGAUGAAGAAAAGGUUGGUUAAGAAAAUAACAAAAUCAAGGUUGAUCAUUCUCUCUCUCUCUCUCUCUCUCCGUGGAAUCGUUGCAGUUUUUUGUUCAUCGCUGGGUGGCAAACUCCAAGCACCAAUAGGAGAGCAUCAUGCAGGUCGACUCAGUUCUCAUCAGAAAGUGCCAAUUUGCUGGGCGUUAGAUUACUUAUCUCACUGUCAUGACUGGUUAUUUAAAAAAAAUCCUGCUUCACAAUGGAAUCGUGGAGGGGUCGAUGCGAUGCAAAAUGCAGUCCACGAAACAACAAAUUACUGCAGUUGGUGACCUAACUCGUAAAAGGUUUCGGACUUAACGAGUGAUUGCUAAUCACUCACAAACCGACGCCAGUGCGCGGACGCAAUGUGCAUGUUAAUAAAUAAAAACUUCAAGGGAAUUAAAAACAUAAAGGAAAUAUUACGGGUAAUCCCGCAUAGUUUAGAGAAAUCGAGUUUUUUUUCGAAAAGCGGAAACUCCCGAAAACGUCAAAAACGGUUGUAAUUGCUUAAACUUCAGUUAUAUACGUUCAGAAAGUCCGUCCAUGCAAAACAUUGACUCAGUAUGACAGAAUAAAUGGAAUAACCUCCGGAAAUUAUAUUUUAUUGAUGUUUACAUUUAAAUAGCCUCUGAGAAUUCGCGUAAUUCCAGGUCGGGCGAGUUGUCAGCAGCCUAUAUUCUGAGUGUAGAUUCCAAAACGCUUUCCCGAGGAUUCGUCGUAUUCUCUAUUAUUUUGAAUUAACUGAGAUGGGGUUCAAUAAGGCAAAUGCGACUUUGCUUGAUUUCGCCGAUAAGGACGUCAUGGGAACAAAAGUUUUAUAAAGGCGCAUGUUUCCAGACCGGUCAGUGAUCAAUAAGUUUAAUUAGAAUCAACAGGUGUAAUCGUAAAUAUACUGUUCUGUGCAUAUAACGCGAAAUUUUCUUCAUGAAGUUUCUUCGCACUUUUAUUUGUUCUGGAUUACGCUGAGUUUUAGAUCGACCAUAAAAUGCCGAUGAAUAACUAAUGGUUUUCAGUGUUUUCAAUCGAAUGUCCAUAACGCCAGAUCCUAUAUUAUGUGUUUGUUUAAACCUCUGAUAUAUUAAACCUCUUGGAGGCAUCUACCGAAGUAGCGAGUGCUUAGGCAUUUUUAAUGUAGAAUGUCGUCUAGGUCACAUUUGAGGCCUCCCCUAGACACGAAACCUUAUAGUCGAAUAAAAUGAACGCCCACAAAAAAAGUCAGUUUACAUUAUGCCCUACAUCAAUUAGAAAAAUUUCUCUAACAGGCAACCUUUUUAAAGAGUGCUUUAAUACUGCUUUCCGUGGACGGAUGUCUGCGUAUUUUAAUUUUCUACAUGGUGAGACCAGGAAAAAAGUCGAUACUUUUGACCGCUUCUUUGAAGUGUCUAAAACGUGCUGAUAUUUUUCUACCACAAACGUAAGAAAAUGCCUUUCUAUUUUUAGUACGGUCAUUUUUUCUGUCUUUGCUCACUUUUGGGCUGUGUUCUACGGUUAUCAAUGCACGACAGAGUGGCCAGAUAAAUACUGGUAUUUUGCUGUAACUGCUUGUGCUUUGCUUUUCCCAUUUCCACACGCGGAAACUAGACAUCAUGAUAAGAAAUAUUUUACAUGUUCAAAACCUAAACUGAUCACUCGAUCGUAGCCAUUUCUUGGACAGCGCAUAUAAUUUUCCUAAUUUCAAAACGAUUUCGGUUCGUUUAGAGGAAGGAUUGCCCAUCUGCGGUAUUAGUGGACUUUAAAGCACGAAGUCACACGGGUUUGCUAAUCGAACAUUUGGCGAUUGAUAAGACUCUUGGUUUUAACAGAACCCUCGAGGGUAGCUUAGUCUCCUCUCAAGAAAAAACACGCUCACAUAUGAAACCUAAGCCUAGGACAGGUAUGGUGCAGGAAAGUGGCCGAACACAUCGCAAUAUGUAAUUUCGUUCACGUCUAUGAAAAUUUCGCAUGAUGAAAUUACGUGGACACAUUCUGUGCAGAAAGGAAAUUUUUUCUGUUGAGGAUUGUCCGACUUGUGGCCUAACGGGCGGUUUCGAACAAAGACCAAAGUACCUUUUGCGCGAAAAUGAUGAAAUGAAAGUUGUCUUGAUUUACUGACGCCACAUCGGCAGACACACUCGUAGAUCCGCACAGGACGUUGACAAAAUGGACAAGACUUGGCUAGAUUCUGGAACACCGACAAGAGCCAAAAGCCGGUUUGCGUACAAUGCACUAUGAAUAAACUGUUGGAAACUAUACACAGAUAACAAAGAAAAUGAGAAAGAUUAAAUACUGCAUACUGCCGUGUAGGAGACGUUAACCCCAACGGCGCAACAGAAGUCGGAUAGGCCUCCGUCUCACUUGCUGACGCAAAAUCUGCACAAAGUUUCUAGCCUUCGACGUCAUUCUGGAUAUUUCAGGCACCGAAAAUAUCGUCGUCCUCCAUAAACGCCAUUGUUUAAGAUUCCAACGUUUAACUGUGAUUAAAGCCUUGUGUUAGGAGGCUCUGCAGCUUGUUUAAAAAGCACAACGUGUAAAUAUAAUCGGACUGCUAUUUCAAAAGGACACACCGGAGCAACUCGGGGAUAGGACAUUGCUUGAGGAUGAACCCAACGCAGUUGGCGCAGAAGCCGCAGGUCUGGGGAGAUUUGGCGAUUACCGCAAUUUGGAGCUGCAUAGGGGUCCCCUAACAACAUGUUGCCCACGUGAGUAGGAGUGAAAGCAAUUUUGUAAAUUUUCAAUCCAAAGACGUAAAUGGCCAACGCAGCGUAGAGUCCCACCGUGACGAAAAUUAGAACGGGGACCUGGAGGUGUCUUAGGCAAGUCAUUCCCAGUCAGUUCAUUUGCGGGAGCACUUUAAAUGAGCUGGCGCCCGUAGAAUCACACGAAGAGCUGACAGCGAAAUGAAGCUAGUUGCGUGUGUCCAAUCAAGAGUCUACGCUUGCCAACCAUCUGAUUGGUUGAAAAUACAAACAAACCAAUGUAUGUUUGACCAGCGGCAUUUGAACUCACCUCAGCUGAUUGUCAUUCGCUCCGGAUCUGGUGCAAGUGGUCUCGUGACAGAAAUUGUCACAUUGCUGUAAGCUCUCUGAGGUCGAUGGCCUUAUAAUUCGGCUUUCCUGCCCAUUAUUUUAACUUUACUUUUCUUCUAGAUUCCCUACAGAUGUAGGGAUCCAGAAAUUGAAAUUAAAAAGCAGGUCUUUAACUAUCACUCGUUAAAUCUUAAAUGGUAUACUUGUAAACUGUGCACUUUUUGAGUGGCGGAACACUAAGAUCUCAAGAAGUCAACGUUCAAAAACAACGCGCAUUUAAAACCGAUUUUAUUGGACGGGUGGAGACACUGAAAAAUCUUAAAUAGUCCGCAAAUAGACGGUGACUGUUUCGGAUUGUUGCCACCGAUCACCCAGGUCAAGGGAAGUUACGUUUUUUCUUUUCAAAAUACAGAAUAUCGGUUCCAGGUCGCGGAAAAUGCACACAACAGCAUCCUGAUUUGAUGUCGAAAGCGGAGGAAAUAAUCGAGACUAUAAAGUCGGAGAAGAUGGUGAAAAACUGCCAAGCAAAGGGGCUGUUUUUUGGUCUGGCGAAAUGUCAAUGCGGACUCAAAUGCGUAAGCAAGUAUUGUGGCUGCACACCCAUUUAUAUAUGUUCCUAGGCGGCCGAUGUCGUAGGAGGCAACUUCAUAUAA